GACAUUUCUCUGCUUCUAUCACUUAUAUUUAUGUGCAGUUGUCAUUCUAUUAAAUUCCUGGUAUUAGAUUAAAGAAAAUAAAAUAAUAUUGCAUCUAUUUGCAAAAUACGCUGAAUAAAAAAAAAAUUUGGACUUAUAUUCAUACAAAAUGAGUAUAAACACAGGACGUGUUGCGGGUGAUAUGCUUUAUGGCACUACGCUUUCGGCUGAGUCAAUGAAAGUGAUAGCUGAAAGCAUUGGUGUUGGUUCACUACCAGACGACGCUGCUAAGGAACUAGCGGAAGAUGUGAGCUUCAAAAUCAAGCGUAUCGUUCAAGAUGCUGCUAAAUUUAUGCACCACUCAAAACGCGAGCGUUUAAUGUUGAACGAUAUAGAUCAUGCGCUCAAAGUGCGCAAUAUCGAACCACAGUACGGGUUUACGGCAAACGAUUUUGUACCUUUUCGUUUUGCGUCCGGUGGCGGUCGAGAAUUACAUUUUAUCGAAGAAAAAGAGAUGGAGUUGAGUGACAUCAUACAAAGUGGAGCGCCCAAAGUGCCAUUGGAUAUAACAUUAAGAUCGCAUUGGUUGGUUGUGGAUGGCAUACAACCGACGAUACCAGAAAAUCCACCGCCACUCUCAAAGGACUCACAAGCGCUAGAGUCUGUGAAUCCAGUAGUAAAACUAGAGCAAGGUGUAACAAAAGACGCUGCAGGCAAACCGGCCACUGGCAAAAUACAUAAGCUGCGUAAUGUGGAAACCGUGCACGUCAAACAGUUGGCUACCCAUGAGUUGUCUGUGGAACAACAGCUGUAUUAUAAAGAAAUUACCGAAGCUUGUGUGGGCUCAGACGAACCAAGACGUGGCGAAGCUUUACAAUCGCUAGCGUCAGAUCCUGGCUUACAUGAGAUGCUGCCACGUAUGUGCACAUUUAUCGCUGAGGGUGUAAAAGUAAAUGUAGUGCAGAACAACUUGGCGUUGCUUAUUUACCUUAUGCGCAUGGUGCGUGCUUUGUUGGAUAAUCCAUCGCUAUAUUUAGAAAAAUAUCUACAUGAGCUGAUACCAUCGGUUACAACAUGCAUUGUUUCCAAGCAACUUUGUAUGCGUCCUGAAUUGGACAAUCAUUGGGCGUUGCGUGAUUUCGCUUCACGUUUAAUGUCUUUGAUUUGUAAGAACUUCAAUACAUCUACCAACAAUCUCCAAACACGUGUUACUCGCAUCUUCAGUAAAGCGCUACAAAAUGAUAAGACGCAUUUAUCUUCCUUAUAUGGCGCUAUUGCUGGCCUAACUGAAAUGGGCGCCGAAGUUGUUAAAGUCUUUAUCAUCCCACGACUGAAAUUCAUAUCUGAACGCAUAGAGCCACUACUCCAAGGCAAUCAAAUGCAAAGUAAUACUGAUAAAACGGCUGCCGGGCAUAUACGUGCCAUGUUGCAGAAAUGUUGUCCGCCAGUUCUGAAGCAGAUCAGGCGCCCACCAGACUACACUGAGGAAUAUAGAAAUGAUUAUGGUUUUCUGGGACCAGCGUUAUGUCAGGCAGUGAUAAAAGCACGCAAUGCGCCACCAUCAACUACUACUCCAACACCAAGUAGCAUUUCAAAUGCACCGAUUACCUCUGCGGCUGCCACGGCCUCAACGGUAGGGCGACCACAAGUGACGCAAAUUAGCCCUGUUUCGGCUAUACCACAAUUACGCGCCAUACAACAUCCAAGUCAACCACCACAAAAGUUUGUCAUCGUCUCCCAGACGAGUGCACAACAAGUUCAACAACAGCAACAAGUACCACUACUGCAACAGCAACAACAAGUGUCAACUAUACAUCAAAGACCGACAACCCCACAGUCGGUGUUAUUGAGCACACAGAUAAAUUGUAGCGGCAGUAGUGGUAGUGGUAGUGUGUCUAAUUCACUGUUGACUCGAGCUGAUAGAACUUCAGUUGAUUCAAACUCGAUAAUUAUCGAGACGGAGGAGAUUCGUGCGCCACCGGAGUUAGACGAUCUAUCACAUUUGGAAUAAGAUACAAAACUAAAAAAAUAUAUUUUAAAUAAAUACAAAAAUUUUGCAGUAAGAACAACUUCGAAAGAAAAU